CCCGUAAGCAGCGGUAACGCCUUUGACAACAUGCAUGCAAUCAUUCAUAGUCAUUACAGAAGCUGUUGCGAGAGGGAGAGAGAAGUUGGGCGAGAGAGCUGCGGCCUUCUUUAUUCCAUGGAUUCCAUGUGCGGCCAGUGCGUCAUGCAGAAACGGCAGUCGUCAGAUCGCGGCAUGUUGCGGCCGCCAAAAACGUGAUCGUGAUUCAUGCGUCAGUGUAUCUCCGAAGCGUAGCCCGGAAGUACGCUCGGCCCGGCCACUACCACCAAAGUCAUACAAUACGGCAGUCGUUAUUAGUCACCAUGCGAAGCGUGCGGAGGAAAACCACAAAAACUUCGUUUCGCGCGGAACUACGAACUUUGUUGGCGACUGCCGUGAGACUCAACAUGCCACAUAGCGCAGUCGAUGAAUGCCUCGAAGAGGUGUUCUUCCGACAGAGACGAUCGCCAACAUGUGCGAGCACUUCAGCAACAAGUGUCUGCGCGCGAGUCACAAACAUCCUGAUGUGGUGCUCGAUUCUCUUGGUAGCCUUCAGAGUGAUCAUUCACAUUUGCUUUGAGGGGAUGACUCUAGACAGAUUAUACGACAGGUACACGUACCCUGGGCUUCGAACUGCUCGGUUACUUGCCUUACCAUUGCUGAGCCAGUUUCCAUCGUUAGCACAUUACCACGAUGCAAAGUGCCUGGUUCAUAAUCCAUUUUUCAACCCAAUGAACGAAUCGGAAUGUUGGCCUUGUGAAAAUUUCAAGGCAAUAGUCGACUUGACCGGUCAUUCCGAGAUUGCUGUGGAUUACGUUUGGAGCCUUGUACCCUUUGUUGUAAAGGAUGCUCUGAAGCACAGCAUCAAUGGAAAGCACAUGCACGAGUUCUUAAAGGCCCACCGUGAACUAACAGAUGAUUCGUCUGCCAAGUUCUAUUCGACUCUCCGUGGUGUGGAAGAACCCCGCCAUUUACUUGACUGGCAAAAGUGGCAACAGGUGGAUGACCGUUAUUUUCAUAUAUCGUGGCAACUGGCAUCCCCUCCAGCUGCACGCAUUCUCAGGCAGGUUUUUCACAGGCCUUAUUUUGUGCAAAACAUCUCCGAGGUGUCCCUGCAGAGGUUCCUGUUGUUUGAUGGUCCCGAUGCACCAAGUUACUAUCUGCCUGAAACUGACUUCUCAAGUUCCUGGCUUGUGCAAGUAGAGGGAAACCGGCUUGUGGUGCUUGAACCCUCAGAACUUUGCAUCCGUGCCUGCCGUCAGGUGUCAGUGCUUCUGAAGCCCAAUGACGUCUUGUACUUCAGCAGUACUAUCUCCAAGGCAAGGUUGAUACCUGUUCAUGUUGGAGAUCUGCCAAGUAUCACAUAUCUGGGCUCGUUCUACUGAAGCUUGUGCUGAAGUUAUUGUUCCUUGAAAACGCCAAUGGUGCGGAAGCUACGCAAGUGGUGCACUCAUAGAAGUCUCACUCUACACAUUUCAGAGUGCAGUCGUUCUUGAUUUGCAAAGCUUUCUAUGAAGUAACUACUUCAUAUAUUACUACUACUUGUGGGUCGUAAGGUUACAUCAAAUCACAUAUUUGUGUGCAUCUUUGUGCUUUCAGCAUGCCACCUACUAUGUUUUGGUAUUACGCACAACCUGCCUCCCCCCACGGCAGUUAGACCUUAUACAGAACAUAAUGCGGUUCCUCUUCGACGGUCGCUUCUGCUCCGCUUCGAAGGUCAAAACGCGCGGCACGCGUGUUUUGGGAGGUGCGUUUGGAGGUGGCUGCUUGUGAUUUAGCCAUCAUUCCCUUUGCGGCAGCAGUGAAAUUUCGUUAUAUUGAAAUCGUGUAUAAACACACUUCGUUAUAAUGAGGUUCUAAAUACAGGGUGUCCGAUGGACAAGAUGUUACAAAAAGUUAAAUACUUCAUUACGUUGAAGUUCAUAAUAUCAAGGCGUAACUGUAAUAUACUGAUCUUAGCAUGUUAAAGGGUGACAUAGAAGGUGCUAAAUGGCCGCACAUUGCGUGCUGAUGGAGCAGCGUGAACAGCUAGUAGCAUAAAUGAGUUCUGCAAGAAAAUCUCAUAAACUUAGCCAAGAUGCCUUUUCCUUUUUAUAUAAACCAAGUGUAAUUUUCUUUUUAUUACCGUUAAUUGACUGCUUUUGUCAGGAUGAUGUAUUUGCAGCAGCAAGAGCUGUUCUUUCAUUUCCAAAAUGCUGGUGCCAGUCCCCUCACAUUUAUGUAACCUUUUAUGAUAUAUAUGUUCAACUGGUUGUUUCAAAGGUGCUACUGUGAGAAUAAGUAGGCGUAGUAGGUUAUAAUCUGACUUCAUUAUUCAUGCUCACUCUGAAGCUGGUGCUCCAUUUCACCAACUCCAUGCAAUACAGCAAAAGCUACAGGUUGUGCCAACCAACCAGAAUAGACAGCCAUAAAAAAAAAGGCUCCUCUGUGUCGGCCUGUGAUCGUGUGAUGUGGCCUCUGUGUGAUGCCAACUGAAUAGAAGCUUCAUGAAAGGAUCAGCGACGUGAAAUGGGCAUGCCCUACCCCCAACCCACCCGCCUUACGCAGAACACACAGCUUACUCUCAUUACUGAUUGGCUGGCAUGCAUUUGCUGCAGUGAAAGGAAUUAAUGGAAUGGAAUUAACAGCAAAACCUGUGUACGUGUAGCGCUGCUCUCUAACAUGACCAAUCAAAUCAACUAUUAGUUGGCAACUUCUCUUUGCCGGACCAGUGGCAUACACUUUUAUCUUAGGAAACUUGUGUGUUAAUUGAGGCAGAUAAUUCUUGAUUUUGUAUCUGCGUG